AUGUCUUCUGCUCACGACAGCAAUUCUUCUUCGAUUCCCUCUGUCCCUCUGACUCCAACAAUGUCUUCGACAACGACCCAUUCGAUCUCCGACAUUCCUCGCCGAACCAUCUCCCCUUACGAUCUAAGUCCAAGUGAUAACCCCGGUCUGGUUCUCACACAAACUCUUCUUCGUGGUACUAACUACGACGAAUGGGCAAUCAAUAUCCGUCAUGCCUUGAAGUCUCGGAAGAAAUUCGGGUUUGUCGAUGACCUGUGGGAUUAUCUUAAGCGCCGUUUUGGCAUGACGAAUGCUCCUCGGUUUCUUCGGUUGCGCAGUGCUCUCGCGAAUUGUCGGCAGACGGGAAUGUCUGUCGAGGCUUACUUUGGUAAGCUUACGAAGCUGUGGGAUGACUUGGCUAGCCUACGGACUCUGAAGCUGUGUCUUUGCGGUCACUCUUGA